GACUACACGCUGACCAUGUACUUCCAGCAGUACUGGAGAGAUAAGAGGCUGGCGUACGCCGGCAUCCCUCUGAACCUUACCCUGGAUAACAGAGUGGCCGACCAGCUCUGGGUCCCAGACACAUACUUCCUCAACGAUAAGAAGUCCUUUGUUCAUGGAGUCACAGUGAAAAACCGCAUGAUCCGCCUGCACCCCGAUGGGACAGUCCUGUACGGGCUCAGGAUCACGACGACAGCAGCCUGUAUGAUGGACCUACGGCGAUACCCACUGGACGAACAAAACUGCACUCUAGAAAUAGAGAGUUACGGAUACACCACUGAUGACAUUGAGUUUUACUGGAAAGGAGGAGAGACCGCUGUGACCGGAGUGACCAGGAUUGAGCUGCCUCAGUUCUCCAUCGUUGACUACAAACUAGUGUCCAGAAAUGUGGUAUUUUCUACAGGUGCCUACCCACGACUGUCUCUGAGCUUCAAACUGAAACGAAACAUUGGCUACUUCAUCUUACAGACGUACAUGCCCUCCAUCCUCAUCACCAUUCUGUCCUGGGUGUCCUUCUGGAUAAACUACGACGCUUCGGCCGCUAGAGUAGCUUUAGGUAUCACCACUGUGCUGACCAUGACCACCAUUAACACACAUUUGAGGGAGACUCUUCCCAAGAUCCCCUAUGUUAAAGCCAUAGACAUGUACCUGAUGGGCUGCUUCGUCUUCGUCUUCCUGGCGCUGCUUGAAUACGCAUUUGUCAACUACAUCUUCUUUGGACGUGGCCCCCAGAUGCAGAAGAAACUGGCUGAGCGGGCGCAAAAGGCCAAUAAUGACCGCAAUAAAUUUGACAGACCCAAGUCGUCUGUGGAUUCAGGUAACUGCAGGAAACAGUCCAAUCAGUUUGAGGGUCGGCGUCACUCUCGAGGGGUGGACUCCCAGGGAAACAUCCUCCUCACCACUUUAGAGAUCCACAACGAGGUGGGCACCAACGAGAUCACCACCACCACCCUGAGUGACACCCAUAACUCCUCCUCCAUGAUCUUUGACAACGUGGGCGGGGUCCAGUACAGGAGGCCCAGCUCAGCACGGGAGUCGGGGAGGCACAGUUUGGACAGGAACGCACACCUAAAGAGGACGAGACUGCGAAGACGCUCGUCCCAACUCAAGAUCAAAAUCCCAGAUCUGACCGAUGUAAAUGCCAUAGACAGGUGGUCGCGGAUUAUCUUCCCUUUCACAUUUUCUUUAUUCAACCUCAUCUACUGGCUCUAUUACGUCAACUAA